ACUUGUGGCAUAAAGACUCCAAGACGACAUGUAUUUCCCUGUCGGUUGGCCGAAAUACUUGAAACAAUCACAAAAUGACUCCACUCCAAUUCACUACAUUGUUAGUAGUUGUGAUCGUAUGUUUUUUGCGGUUUUAUCAGCAGAAACUCUGACAAUUUGGUAUUCAAAGCCAUCGAUUCAGAUUGUCACUUACACGCAGUCUCAGAAAUGUCAAGAGGAGUUUGGAACGUACAAGGUGGCCGAAUGGAAACCCGACUCGUCCAUGCUGGCUAUAAUGACAUCAAAGUGUCACGUGCUCUUCUUCAAGGUGGAGAUCGACGUGUCUGUGCCGAACCACCACUGUUUGUUUGUCCAGAUGGAAGGCCGACAUCCGCCAGCCUUCAUUCCGAAAUACAACAUAAAUGGGAUUCUUGACAGUGACAGUGUUCCUGCCAUAAAGCUCUAUCAAGUUUCACACAUUGAACUUUCCGCAGAAAUCUCUUGCUGCCUGAGUGUGCGUGAUGAGUUGGUGGUGAGCACGACGGACGGCUACUUGAACCGGGUUCGCUGGAGUGGAAACAAGAAUGACAAGGCCACGCUCCAUCUCGGGGACAUUCCUGUCUCCACCGACCUGCAGCAGUUCCGAGCUUGCGAAAUGCGGACGUUGCCAAAUGGAAUUACGGCGUCAAAAUUGUCAUAUGAUGAUGGGAUUGUUGUUCAGAUGGAGUACAGUCCGACGCUGGGCGGGUACAGCCUUGUGCUGUCGAGUGGAAAGGCUCUGUUCGUCAUCCCGCCCUCGUCACGGUCGGAGAAAACAACUGCCCAUGGUGUUUGGGCCCAAGAAUUAAUGAGUGCCACGGCCCUGGCUGUCAAUCAUCGAUACCGCCUCAUGGCUUUCGGGUGUCGCAGUGGCCAAGGUGUGGUAUACAUGAUUGAUGAAGCGGUUGGAGCGCUGGAAAUAUCUCACAAGCUAGUCAUAUCAAGUAAAGAUUAUCCAGAUGCUGCCCACAUAGUGGGUGCUGUCCAGUGUAUGAAGUGGACACCAGAUGGCACUGCCUUAGCUCUUUCAUGGAGGAACGGUGGAUUCUCAUUGUGGAGUGUUUUUGGUUCUCUGCUGGUUUCUACUCUAGGUGGAGAUUACAGCCUGUCAUCAGAAAGUAUGAAGUUAUAUCCAUCUCCUAUCAAGUCAAUGGAGUGGGGUUUGGAGGGUUAUCACCUGUGGAUGGUGACAUCGCAUGUUGAGGAACAGAAGGACACAAUAUACGAGCCUUUCGAGACGUCGCAACUUCUACAGUUCUACUUCCUGAAGAGUGCGCUGUCGGUGAACCCAUGCAUCUCGAACCAUGAGCAUGUAUUUCUGCAAGGGGAGGACAAGCUGUACAUGAGUACGGGCGACACAGUCUCCAAGACAACCAGUCAUUCAGCUCACUUCAGGGGUAGCAACUCUUGUCUCAACGGAAAUGCCUUCAUUGGCACGAAACAGUGGCAGAUCAUUCCUAUAUCUCACAGUUAUCUUGCUGGCAACUGGCCAAUCAGAUAUUCCUCCGUGGAUCGUGCAGGUCAGUGUGUGGCUGUGGCAGGUAAAACUGGGUUUGCUCACUACGCUCUCUUCAACAGAAAGUGGAAGCUUUUUGGUAAUGAAAUGCAGGAGCGUGACAUGGUUGUUUCUGGUGGAAUAACGUGGUGGAAGGAUUUCAUCUGUCUCGCCUGCUACAACAUACCUGGGCAGAGAGACGAGAUUCGGUUCUACCCGCGUGGCAGCAAGCUGGACAACACGUUUUCUCAGGUAACGAGAGUCCCUGCCCAGGUGUUGUUACUGAACACGUUCCGCGACAUUCUCAUCAUCUUCUGCGCCGACAGUCACGUGAUGCUCUUCAGUGUUGAGAGGAAGAAUACUCAGCCAAAUCCUUCUGUGGUAGUAGCAAAGAUCCAGGAUGUUUCUCUGAAUAACUACAUUCCACACCCUCUGUGUGUGGCGGGACUGACCCUCACCUCCCUCACAUCAGAGUCCGGGUCUCGACAGCAGCACACGUGGCGUGAGGCGGAGAGCAUGCUGCUGAACGUGUCAGGUAAACUCCUCAUGUUCCAGCGAGACCGGUCUGGGCCGCAGAUCAAAGACGGAAAUCACAAGAGACCUCUUCCGUUCUGUUCACCCUCUGUGGUGGCUACCUCGGUAGAGAAUCUGUGGACAACCUCACGAGCUAACCUCGGUAAAAUGCAGCUGAUGGAAGCUUUGUGGCUUGGAUGUGGGGCACACGGCAUGAAGGUGUGGCUACCUCUGUAUCCGAGGAAUGAAGCAAAAGCUCACAGUUUCAUGUCAAAACGUAUCAUGUUACCAUUUAAAGUAGAUAUAUAUCCUUUAGCUGUGUUAUUUGAAGAUGCUGUGAUUCUCGGUGCGGCCUGUGAUGCGAUUUCCUACAACAUUACGUCGGCUGGUGAGGAGCAUGCGGAACUCCCACUGUGUACUCUGGAGAGAACGAGUCAGAUAUAUUUGCAUCAUAUACUACGACAGCUGUUAAGAAGAAAUCUCGGAGUGCAUGCGUUCGACCUGGCCCGGUGUUGUACAGAGCUGCCUUACUUCCCUCACGUCCUUGAAUUGUUACUUCACGAGGUGCUCGAGGCAGAAGCUACGUCUAAAGAUCCCAUUCCAGACCCCCUGUUGCCGCGUGUGGUGGCAUUUAUCGAGGAGUUCCCCGAGUACCUGCAGACUGUGGUGCACUGUGCGCGUAAGACGGAGGUGGCUCUCUGGCCGUACCUCUUCUCGACGGUGGGCAACCCCAAGGAUCUCUUCGAGGAGUGUCUCAUGAACGGCAACCUCACCACUGCAGCAACCUACCUCAUCAUUCUACAGAACCUCGAGAUGCCAAUGGUCAGUCGACAGCAUGCCACACUUCUGUUGGACUCGGCACUGGACAAAGAAGCCUGGGAAAUAGCUCAUGACCUCGUUCGCUUUCUCAAAGCUAUUGACCCUAAUGAUGUGGAGUCUGCUGCUAUGACGGGAGCCAUGAGUCGAGUAGCGUCGGCCUCCACCUACCCAUCAGCCACCCUGAGUCCGCCCCUCACACCGACCGACAAUGCACCCUUCAACUACAGCAACGUCAGCAACGUGGGGCGCGUGCGCACAUCCAGCAUCACGACCUUCGAUCCCAUGAGAGACGUCACGAAACCAAAACUCAAAAUGACUGCCUCUGACCCUCUCUCGUCUAAAAAACAUCAUCUUAAAGGUAAAGCUCAUGAGCCGACCGCCGACCAGGUGUACAUUGAUAUGAUUCUGUGUCGACAUGCCAGGAAGUUACUCGCUUCAAACCGCAUCAGAACUCUGGGAUAUUUCUCAGCAAAUGUUGAUGAUUUUGGAACAGUUUCUUGGCUUCGAAGAGAGAGGGUGCGUGCUGCCAAGGUUGAAGACUUUGUGACGGCUUUACGAGAUGUUCACCAGCAGUUCGAGUGGCCGAUGCCGAUAUUGUCGUACACAGCUUACCACCAGCUCAGGAAAAACCUAGCCUACUCGACCUCCAGCCUGGCCUCCUCGUCUUUGCUGGACGACGACGGUCAGAGUCCGGUCAGUAACGGAGACAAGUGUGAGGCGAGAAACCCGGACACUAUCACCAUCAACAACCUCGGCUCAAUAAACUCAGCCCCAUCCGAGUCUUCCCUCAUACCAUCGACUGCUGACGAAGUCUUCCUCAAACCUCAGGCACAAAAAGAAGACAGCAGCGUCACCACACUGGAGGUGUCUGACAGCAGCUCACUGCUGGGUGAGUUCGAGGUGGUGAGCGACGCGAUACUGUCGAACGAUCUUCUUCCUCCCGACCUUGAACAGCUCACCCAGGAGGUGGCCAACAAGGGGCCGCAGCAGUCGGAGAUAGAGCUCAGAUAUCUACUGCAGAUUUUCCUCGAGGCUGGCUGUCUUGAAUGGGCUCUGAUCGUGGCUAUAGUACUGAGGGAUUCGGUUGGGGUGAUGCGGACUAUUAACACCGCUAGUUUGACAGACACGCCUCUCGACAUGGCCGGGCGGAUGCGUGAGGGCUUGUCCUACCUAGAACUGUGGACAGACACCGAGUGUAUCGGCUACAAACCUUUCUUCACAAGUAUAAAGACGCAGAUCCUCGUGUUGGACAAGAUUGUCGAGCAGACGAGUAGACCCUCUCUAGAGGUGGAGAUAACUCCGACGGAACCCCUGUCUGUGGAGGAAGGAAACUCAUCACCCGUCGCGCAGACGAUGCGCACAGACACCGUGGAACUGGCCGUUGUGAAGGAGGAUGAUGCCCCCGAGGUGGAGCAGAAAGGCAGCGAUUGUCUGAUAUCAUGAUGACGGAAUGUUCGUUAGGUGUGUCAAUGGAAGUGAAGGAAUGCAAUCAUCGAGGUGUACAGUUAGUCAGGGUCGGUGGAAGGAUAAGCAUCACGGGAUGUUACACGAUUGUUCACAGAUGGUGACACUGAUGUCUUCUCGUCUACCACAUUCCAGAUGUUUUGUACAUCUUUGUGUCCUCCAUGCCAGACAUUAUCUGAUACUGGCAGGACUUGUCUCUGUUGACAGAAAUUCAGUCAGUCUUCACAGAACUUCAGUUGGUAUUGGCAGAGCUUCAGUCAGACUGUACAACUCAACUCAGUAAUGGUAAUACUUGGUCUGUAUUGGCAGAGCUUCCAUCAGACUGUACAACUCAACUCAGUAAUGGUAAUACUUGGUCUGUAUUGGCAGAGCUUCCGUCAGACUACAACUCAACUCAGUAAUGGUAAUACUUGGUCUGUAUUGGCAGAGCUUCCGUCAGACUGUACAACUCAACUCAGUAAUGGUAAAACUUGGUCUGUAAUGGCAGAGCUUCCGUCAGACUGUACAACUCAACUCGGUAAUGGUAAAACGUGGUCUGUAUUGGCAGAACUUCCGUCAGACUGUACAACUCAACUCAGUAAUGGUCAAACUUGGUCUGUAUUGGCAAAACUUCAAUCAGACUGUACAACUCAACUCAGUAAUGGUAAAACGUGGUCUGUAUUGGCAAAACUUCAAUCAGACUACAACUACUCAGUAAUGGUAAAACUUGGUCUGUAUUGGCAGAACUUCAAUCAGACUGUACAGCUCAGCUCAGUAAUGGUAAAGCUUGGUCAGGACUAAAGUUAGUAUUGGUAGAACGUUGGGAGUGAUUUAUGUUUUAAAUCUAAUCGGUCAUUUCCCUGUGAUAACAACAACUGUAGACUUGAUUAUUGAGAUUCUAUAACCAAUCUUGUUGAAAUUCAUCCCUGGUUUAUAUUUAUUAACUGUGUCUAUGAUUGAGAGUUAACAAUCUGGUUGCUAUCCAGCUUGGUGGUAAACAUUACUAACUCUUGAGAGAUGACAUCCUGUGAACUUUGAAACCUCUCCUACCAGUACUUCAUAACUAAUUCUUACAGGUCGCAGUGUGGUAUGUGCCAUCCUGUAUACUCUGGGUACACACGAAACCACAGGUGGCACUUUGUAGAACAAAUAACAAAUGUGGAGACAGGGAUAUUGUCAUUUAGUGUUUUCGACUUCAUUACUCUUAACAUAUAUCAACUAAUAUAACACACUCAUUUACUUCACAUUGUGAAUGACAGAUGGUUAAACAUGUGACAUUAAGUAAACACUAGUUCACAGUGAACAUUAUAUUAAUAAGACAUGGCAACAUUGAUUAAUAUUGCUUUCACAUUGAUAUUUCUAUGAUGUUAACAGGUAGUCGAGGGCCAGGUUGGGGUGAGGCAGAGGUCUUCCUUAUUACUUUACGCACCAGUGAUCACCAAUUGUUGGACUUGUAUUAAAACAUGGACGUCUGAGGCCUGCAAUCUAGGCUACCAGUUGUCUAGUUCCAGUAGACUAGUCUGUCAGUUUUUAUAGGAUGUGAAUCGCCAUGAUGUCUGUUGGUCUGAUGUUCCUGAAGAUCUAUUUUCCCAUUUUAAACGUUAUGGUGUAGCGUAGAAGAUCACUGCAGCAUAGAACAUCAGUGCAGAGGUUAGUCUGAGCCGCAGUGUUAAGAAGACCAGUGAAAGAAAAAACAGGUGGUUGUGCAGACCAGUGAAAGAACGAACAGGUGGUUGUGCAUACCGGUGAAAGAACUAACAGGUGGUUGUGCGGACCAGUGAAAGAACUAACAGGUGGUUGUGCGGAUUCUACAGCCGUGUCCUGGAGACUCGUUUGAGGAUCUGUGUCAGGGUAAAGGAGUCAGUCAAGAUACAUGGAUCCAAGAUGUGUUUUCAGGACCGAGGUUUCCCAACCGAGAUUGGUCGAGUUACUGGAGAUAUUCUAAUGUAACUAAGGAUUGUGUGAAAGCUCUUUGUUUAUGUUGUUUGUACUACACAGACAUCCUAAACUACUGGUGCAUAUCAAAUGUAUCUUACCAUUUCAUUGUUCUAGUCAUCAGUGACUGGGCGAUGGUGUCACAGACUGAGUGUGCCAAAUUGUACAGUCCAAACUAGAACUAUCUAUAUUGGGCUAUGUUAAACACCAUAUACAGUCCGAACUAGAACUUUUAUAUAUUGGGCUAUUAUAAACAUCAUAUACAGUCCGAAUUGGAAGUUAUAUCGGGCUAUGAUAAACAUAUAGUCCAAACUAAACUACUAUAUUGGGCUGUUAUACCGGGCUGUGGUAAACACUGUAUUCAAUUAGAACUGUUAUACCAGGCUGUAGUGAUCAUAUACAGUCUGAACUAUAACUGUUAUACCGGGCUUUGGUAAACACUGUAUUCAAUUAGAACUGUUAUACCAGGCUAUAGUGAUCAUAUACAGUCUGAACUAUAACUGUUAUACCGGGCUUUGGUAAACACUGUAUUCAAUUAGAACUGUUAUACCAGGCAGUAGUGAUCAUAUACAGUCUGAACUAUAACUGUUAUACCGGGCUUUGGUAAACACUAUUCAAUUAGAACUGUUAUACCAGGCUGUAGUGAUCAUAUACAGUCUGAACUAGAACUGUUAUACCGGGCUUUGGUAAACACUGUAUUCAAUUAGAACUGUUAUACCAGGCUGUAGUGAUCAUAUACAGUCUGAACUAUAACUAUUAUACCGGGCUUUGGUAAACGCCAUACUGUGUGCCAUAUUUAGCCCAGUUUUGUUUUAUGCAAAUAAGGUCAGCAAGGGAACAAAACUGUUUGUAUUACACUGUGUUGUGUGCUACGUGUGUGUGGUACUUGUUAUUUGUUAAUGUCUUGUACAUCAUCAUUGAGAAUCAAAGUCUGAACCAAAUUGUUAACUACAAUCAAUUAUUCUUACCUUUAAUUACCGUUUGAUUUUCUCCAUGUUCUGUCAACAUAAAUUGUGAAAUUUUUUUUACAUUGACAUGGAUUCCACAUAUUAGACUGAAAUGAGAUCACCAUAUUUGAACAAAACACAUGCAAUUUUUCAUAGUCUGCUGCCAUUUUGCUUUUUUAUGAAAUACUCAUCAAGAGAGUGGAAGCCUCCUAAGUAUGUGAAGUAAUUAAUCUGACGUCACGAUGAUUGUGUUAUACCAGAACGAUGAUUGUGUUAUACCAUAACGUUGAUUGUGUUAUAUCAUAACGAUGAUUGUGUUAUACCAUAAUGAUGAUUGUGUUAUACCAUAACCCAUGUCAUCAUGUUGUUAGAUUACGUCGUAUCAAUCCACCCCUCUUGAAGGGUAUUCCAUAAACAAGCAAAAUGGCAAAGUUUUGCCUUAUGCGAUCUUGAUAAAGUUGAUAUCAGUGACAUGGUUAGUCUAGUAUGUGGAAUUUGUGUCACUGUAAUGUUUUUUUCAAGAUUUCUGUCUGGACAAAAUGUGGGGGAAAUGUAACGGUAAUUAAAGGUAGGAGAGUUAAUUUAUCGUAGUUUUUAACAAUGUGGUUCGGACUUUAAUUCUUCGUAUCAUCGAGCUCACCUCACAUGUAACCAUUGUACAUAGUCAUACUCAUUUGAUCAUGUAUAGUAAAACCUUACAGGAUCAGUGGCAGUGUAAAUAACAGCUCUGUUUUAUUGUGUGUGCUAGUGGUACAUUAUGUCUUAAACAUUCAUUACAAUGUAUAUUAUCACUUUUCUCCGAAGAUGUCAUCUUUACAUGUGUGGUAAAUAACAGGUCAUUUUACUGUGUGUGCUACAUAAUCUCUGAAAUAGUCAUAUUUAGUUUAUCACUUUUCUCUGAAAGCUACAAUACCUUUACAUACACUGGUGGCACCUAAAUCUGCACACCUAAGCAUUUGUGUUAUAUUUUAAAGUUAAAAUCUUUCUUUAAAAAUAUUUGUUUCCAGUACAAUGGAACAAUAAACAUGUUACUACUGAAAGUUAAAAAUCAAAUAGGUUUUUUUUAAUAGAAGUCUGUGCAGCAAACAUUAAAACAACCAUUUCUGUCGCUACUGUUCACAGAAACAACAAACAGGUAAUGGAUCCGACCUUAAUUAAGUUCUAGACGACAAAUACUUUUUAUGAUAGUUUGCUUCAGGUUAAUUUAGACUAUGCAAAUAAGAUCAAUAUAAAUGGACUUCCAUGCUCCCUAGUUUGGACAACAUGUUAAUACUAGUCAAAGUAUGCUUGGAUGUUCAUGUUAACAGAUAAAAUAAAACAUUUAAUUUAUGGAUUCAUAAAUUACAAUAAGGUAUCUAUUAAAGCUUCUAGGUAAACUUGUUUAAGAUGAUAUACAAGGUUGAUCAUUACAGCGGUGACAGACCCGUGUUAACAGGUGACAGAAAAACACAUUGAUCUAAGUUGGCAAAAGUAUACUUUUAAUGCAUUAAUUCAGAGGGUUUUUUUUCAAUCAAAUUGUUAUCUAUCAGUUUUAUACAUAUAUUCACAAUCAAGAUGUGUUGUUUUAACAAUUGUUUUAUGAAUUAAAUUGAUGUUUGUUUGUAAACAAACGUACCCAAACACUUGUUUUAAGAUGUAAUGUAACAUAAUUAACAUGCUCAGACUUUUGUGCCACGCAGACUAAUGUGACAGAGUCUGAUGUGACAGAGUCUAAUGUGACAGAGACUAAUGUGACAGAGUCUGAUGUGACUAAUGGUUCAAGUACAUGUGUGUGUAAUAUUUUACCUCAUUAUAGACUAUAGGGCACUCAAAUUACAACUAAAGAAUACUGGGAAUUGUGCUUGUGGUAGUCAUCAUGAGUUGACAUCUCAAUGUGAAAUUGGUCCAGGUUAAGAAUACGGCAGUGUGUAUAUAGUAAGCAGUUUGUUGUUGGUGUUAAUUGAACAUUAUAACCAGCAUGCUGACCGAACGAACCUGUGAAAUUCCGGGCCCAUGGCCAGGACCCAGCAAGAAAGGUUGUUUAAAAUAUUUGCACUUUUUGCAACUUUGAUCUAAAGACACUAAAAUAGGAUUAAAUGUUUAACAUCUCAUCAUCAAGCAAUUGCCAUGGCACAACAGUUUUUCUGCAAGAGCAUAUUUUUACUGGGUUUUUUAUACAUUUGCAUUUGAGUCUUAUUUUGACCCAACACGAACUUACUACAACAUAAUUAGAAUGAGAGACGGGUAUACAAUAUGUAGGUACAGGGAAGGCAAGGUAAUUAGUGAAUGCUAUGACAAGCAACCUACUAUAGCAGACUAUAUGUGCACCAGUUUUAAUGACAAAAUGCCAAAUUUGGCUGUCAAUUUGUAACGAAAUACUCUCUAUCUUUACACCUUACUGAUCUUUUAGACUGGCGAUGUUGCUGUUUUAACAUUGCGCCACAUGUCAUGUUAGUGUAUUAUUUAGUGUGGAUCUACAUUCUAAACAGGCCUCGGGGUCAAAUCGCUUUUAAUGCUUGGAUCAGACUACCAACUGCCAACACAAAGUUGGCCAACUUUCUGCUGUCGCGAUUUCUACAACUGUCCAUUUGCUAGUCUGAGCGCUCUUACUAUUUGAUUGUCGUCGUAUAACACAUUAGUUGUUAGUCUGAGCACACCCGUUUUGAGUCGGGAAUUGUCGAGUUGGCCAACUUCGUCACAACAGUUGACAGUCUGAGAUUAGCAUCAAGUUCAACACGUUGGUGUGCUAGACUAGAUUGCAGUUUUGUGAUUUUAAUUUAUAGCUGAGUGGUAGUGAACAUGAGAUUACUGGCAGUUGCUUUAAGAACCUUCGUCUUUCACUAAGUGUAGGUUUGUGGUCACGUGUAUUCUUUCCGAUUACUACUCAACUUGUGAUAUAUUCUUCAUAAUAAGUAAUCCGUGUAGAGUUGGUGUUUAAUUGUCCACAAGUCAACCUGCUGCAUAUGAACCUUCUCAGGAUUUAUCUCGUGUACAAUCUCUUUGAUUAAGUGUUGUAUCUUUUUAUAAUUUCUUUUUUCACUCUUUAUAUUGUAAGUUGCGAAUGAAGCUUGAAAAACAAACAAAAAAUUAAACUGCACAUUUCAUAAAUUUUUACCUAAAUCUUGCAGUCUAUUUUUUUCAAUGUAAAUAACAAUUUUCUUCUUUUUAAAAAAAAGUAGAAAUGGCUUAAUGUAUCUGUUAUCUUAUAUGUAGCUUAUGUUAUAAAAACAAAUAUUUACCUACACCUUACACACUAUACAAGCUAGGUUAUGACCAAUGGAAAUUGCAUAUUAUAGGCCUAGUAGUGUGGACAGACUUUCUAAAUAGCCUAACAAAAUAUUAUCUCAAUACAUGUAUAUAUUUAUUUAUUGUCCUGAAAAUUGCUUUCUUCAACCAGCAAUUGAUGGUUAUCAAUCAGAAAGAAAAACGUUUUUAACCAAGGUCAUUGUUUCUAUAUUUGUAAAACUGUUUGGUGGCUAGCGUUAGGUCCAGUGUUCAAGGCAAUUGACAAAGAAUGUUCUCUUCUGUAGAUCUACAUGUAGAAACACCUGUUGGGCAGUACAUCAACAAGGUUUUCUUUGCCUUGUUUUCAUUUACAAUCUCGUAUUGGAGAAACACUUUGUAAUCCAUAAUACAAUGUCUUUAGAGAUCCCUUUCUUUUGGUGGUAGGCAGCUGUUUUUUCCAGCUAUGUUGUAUCAUUAUUUCUCAACACAUGUAGGUGGUGUUCUGUUUUGUAGAUGCAUUCCUGUUUAGGUUAUGUUCCUCUAUAAGAUCUUCUUUCUAGAUUUUGCCCCUUUUUGUAGAGAUAUUCUUUGAGAACUAGGUUGUGUCCAUUUACAAAUAGAUGUUCUUUCUGAGCAGAUUGUUAGCUGCUACAGAGUUUGUUGUUAGGAUAUCCUUCAGUCUAGGGGUCUGCAAAAUGGGAUUCACCAAUACUAACCAGGAUGGAUGACAAAACUAUACUGUCAUCACAUAUUUUCUUUACACUGAAGUAUAGCAAAAGUUAACAUGAAUUAUAUUAUACCAAUGCCGAGGUGUUAAUUUAAUAUGAUACUCUUUAUGUACUGCCCUGUUAAGGCAAAAGACAAUAAGUUAAAAUUGAGUUCAACACUAGUUGAUGUAUGUGUGAACUGUGGUAUUUUAGAAUAAGCCUCAAAAUAAUUGAGCCAGAUACUAGAGAAAUGUUUUUAUAAAAGACUAACUUUAAGAAAAAAAAUCAUUCAAUUAUUUAAUAAAACUAGAUGGAUAAAAGUCACAAAGAAUGAUUUUCAGAGUAUUUAAUUCCCCACUAAAUCUUAGUCUUUUUGCCUUUGCAGAGAGCAGCUUUUAGAGUCGUACUCUCAUCAUAAAAAAAAUAAUAAAAAUAAUUGAAAAGUUCUUGAUUAAAAAAAUAGAUGAAAAAACAGUCUACUCUAAAUGUAUAUUAUAUAUCUUUUAAAUAAAUAAAUAAGCAUUUUCAUUUUCUACGACAAGAUUAUAACUAAUGACAAGUAACCAUUUGUGAUUUUAUUCCUAACAUGUUUUAUUGGGUGUAGUAUCAGUGAUAUCAAAUAAUUUUUAUAGCUUGUUAUUUUGUUGAGCAUUUACACAAAUGUUCCGAUGUGCUUUUUAAACAUUUUACUUGCUAAACAAAAAUCCCUGUAUUAUGUGCAGGUCUAUUUAUUUUUGUAUUUUAGCUAAACAUUGUUGUGGAGAUGAAUGAGCAUGUAUAGUAUUGAAUUAUAUUAUAGCAGUACAAACUGCGAUGUGAAACACAUUUUGCAUGAUGCCUUAUGUAGUGUAGACCGCUAUGUGAAAGCCAUUGAUACCUGUUAAUAAAUGUUGUCACCACAUCACACCAA